GAAUAUAUCGUCUUUUAUUAAUACGGGCAAGCCAACGUUGUGUUUCAAGUACUAGGUAAGAACAUUGGUGGAGAAUUGCGUCUGGUGGACAGGCCUGCGCUUGUUGCAUUGUGCCGUGCCCAAGGUGUGUUCAAGCAGGCACCAGCAAGGCAUCAGCGUGCACACGCGCAGUCUGUCUGUGACAUAUGCGCAACACGCUUUCACUGCCACAAAUAAAUAUUCACAACAACCUCAUAGCCAAUCGCCUAACGAACUUUGCUCAUCGUCACUGAAUAUAACAAUACUGGGACUGUCGUCCGUUUUGGCUCGACCCUUCUUCGCCCUCCAGAACCUUUGGCUUCAAAGUGUCAAUCGCCAGUGGAAAUCACCCGCCACCUUGUCAUACGCCUAACACGAUGGACCGUCCGAUCAUUCGUCGUCUAGCUCGCAUUGACGGGAAUCAUCAACAUUUACUUCUAAGUAUCACUCAAACAGGCUCUUCACUGCUGGACUUGAAGCUCGUCGCGACCGAUCACGAGCAUCUAUAUCACGGAGCUCUUCUCGACAAUGCCAUCAAGUCACUACAAGCGUCAAACUUUGACGGUCCAUUGAACGAAUGGAAAAGCAUUCUAUCGCAUUCAUUACUACAGACUCGACCUGAGGAUAUAUCACCGGAUCAAUACUCCGGCGUCGAAGCGGUUGCCUCCAUCAGUAAAUCAAUUGUAACAAUCACGAUUCGCAAGAAAGUCGGCAGUAUCACCCAACGACUCGGAGAAAUCAAGCUGAACGAAGAUGACGAGCGCGAGGAAGUCGCUGCUUUUGAGUGGGUGGACGCUGCGGUGGCCACGUCAGAUGAUCUACGUCGUCAGCUUGAGAGCCUUCAAACUUCCGUCACGCAACAACAAGAAGAAGUCGCCAAAUUGUCGGCACAACUAGAUGAGCUUGUCAAGGCCAAGAAAACCCAUGAAGAAGGGCUACUUCGCAAAUUUGCUGCGUUGUUGAAUGCCAAAAAAUCGAAAAUCCGAGAUCAGCAGCACCUGCUUUCACGAGCACAGAUCGACCCGGCGGUCGCACAAGAGGUUCAGACCUCACGGGCAUCCGCCACGCAAUCUCGAAAGCCGCGCCGACAACCUGGGGAAUCGGGAACAAAUAAGCGCAAGGCCAGAGAAGAAAUCGUUCCGGCUUCUGACGAGGACAUGGACGAUGCGACAGGCGAUCAAGACCUAGCAGACGAUGUUGAUUCGGACGAAGAGCGUCAGAUAGAAUCCGGCGAGGACGAGGAUGCGACAGAAGACGAGGAUGAAUUCGAGGCGAGCACUUCCAUACGGGCGAAUAAUCCUCCCGCGCCGAGUACAGAUGCGAACACUAGUGGCCAGUCGCAGGGGGACACCGCGGUACAAAGAUCGAUCGAACCAUUACCACCGCGUCGGGGACUGCCUUUUCGUAGAAAGUCAGAGCAGGAGACCUCGACGCGAGGCGGUGAUGGUGAUGGUGAUGGUGAUGAUGACGACGAAACGGAAGACGAAUUAUGAUCAUGACAGUCGAUCUGGAAGUAGAAUGUAUAAAUCCACACACGUUCUCACCCGGGACGAUAUAACAAAUAGACGUGAGGGAUGCAUUAAACGACAUUGAUUGUAUAUAUUGCAGCCAAGUACCGACAUGAUGAGCUCCAAGGAGAGAUGCCUGACACGACCGUCUAUCGCCAUCCCAUGUACAUAUGUUUCCGAACGCCGAACACCGCUUCGCUUCGAAUCGUCUAUCAUAUCUUCCGGCACACCAUCAUCAACGAUCACUCCACCAAACUUCAUCACCACCAUCCCAUUUUCGAUCCCGGGAAAACGGCACCCGGGAAAAAAAGCCACCCAUCGAAAACGUACUGGAAUCCUCCCAUCCAUCAAACUGGUCAAACUCUCGAAUUUCUUCCCUCCCCGAAAUUUCCGUCCCAGCAAACCGCGC